AUGAAGGAUCAUUUGUGCAUUGCAUCGGCAUCUCGGAGCCUCGGAAUGACUUACAGUACUGGAAUCCCUAGUAUCUGGCUUUUUGAACAAACUGGGGAUAUUCUAACGCAGCGCACCCAGGGCUUGGUUGGUAAAGCCGGCCUAAGUGGAAGGCCGCCUGUGCCUAGAAUGGCUAUAGAGGAGACGCCGGCCUUAGGUUGGCACGCUUGUAUAGUGUAUGGAUACCACCAGAUAUUCUGUCAACAAGGACAUCGUCAACACAGCUAA